CGUACGAAUGAUGAACUGUUAAAUUGGAAAUUCAUCUCAUAAAAAAUAUUCAUGAACAUCGAAAAUAUUUAAACAAUUCAUGUGCGAUUUAUUAACGAUUAAGACGACUGAUCAAUGGCAUGAUAAUAGCUUCGAACGAAUUUAAUAAUAUCCUUGUAAAAAAUUUGUUUGGUCUGAUGAUAAAAAUGUGUGUGAUAUUUUUAAUUAAUCCAACAAAAUAUGUGAAAUGUGCACGCAUUGGAGAUUUAUUACCGGCAGAAAAGGCCAUGGGAAUAAAUUUAAAAUUGCAGAGAAUGUGUAAUUCGUUAACACUUGUGGAUCGGUGUCCCAAUGAAAAUAUAACUUUCUGGUUACACACUAGAGAUUCCAUAGAACCAUAUCAACUCAAGGAAUUAUCCACAAACUCGUUCAAGAAAGCACCAUUUUUCCCAAAAGUCCCAAUUAAAAUUCUCGUUCACGGUUACGCUGGAAAUAAGCAUGGUACUCCUAAUUUGGAGCUUAAACCAGAAUAUCUUAAAAAAGGUUACAAUGUUAUCUCUAUGGAUUAUGGACCAGUAGUUAAACAUCCGUGUAAUUUGCAAUGCGUUAGAAAUUUGGAUGUAGCAGGAAAAUGUUUAGCAAAUUUUAUUAGGACGCUAUUAAGAAAGAAGAUCAAACGAAGAAAAUGUAAAAUUAAAAGAUCCGAUAUACAUCUCCUUGGAUUUGGGAUAGGCGCUCAAGUGGCUGCUAAGGCUGCAGAAUCAAUAAAGAAAACUGUGGGUUCUUUACCUCGUGUAACCGCUUUAGAUCCUGCUCUUCCAUUAUUUUAUGGCGUAAAACCUUCUCUAUCGAAAAAAAUAGCAGAUUUCGUUGACGUUAUUCACACAGCAACUGUGUUGUAUGCUUAUUUAGCGCCUAGCGGACAUAGUGACUAUUUCGUAAAUACGGCUAUUUGCCAAGGAGAAUGUACAGUGACCGUGUCAUGUACACGAGGAAUGUCUGCAGUUUAUUAUGCAGAGUCCAUUAACGGUGAAGGGCAAUUUUGUGGUUUUGACUUGUUUGUAAGUGGAAAUAGGGUAGCCAUGGGCGAAAAAGCAACAAAAAAGUUCGUUUUGUAA